GAUGGCUUAUUUUGCUAUUAACCAUUAGAGUUUUCCCCUAUUUUCUUGUAGCUCGAAAAUUAGAAUUUCAUAAAGAUAUAACUCCCUGUUUUCACUCCCCCUUUUCAAGAGAAAAAACAAAUUAGAAAAAGUAAAGGUUUCAACAGUUGAAUCAACCCCGAGCACCUCACCGAUUUGACACAGCACUUUGACAAAGGAGAAAAAUCUUGAAACUUGAAGACAGAGAGCAGAGGACUGAACUGGGAGUCGACGCGUCGUCUCAACUCCGCCAUUCUCGUUGUUGCUUUGUUAUUUGUGGAAGAGGUAGAAUGGGAGGUCCUUCACGGCAGUGUCAAGUUUGCAACCAAGCUCAAUCCAAGUACAAGUGCCCCUCUUGUCUUGUUCCUUAUUGUUCUCUGGCAUGUUUCAAGAGACACAAAGAAACCCCCUGCACCAAGCCGAAAUCCACAGAGGAAAAAUCUGGAACCCCUUGUGUCAAGUCAGAGUCCGCUAAUGAUGCAGAAACCACCAGUGUCAAGCUGGACUCCAGUAAUGAUGCCGGGACCCCCAGUCUCAAGCCAGAAUCCACUAAAGAAAGAUCCACUGCUAGUCCAAGAUUUCAGGUGGAAAAGAAACUAGAAGUUGAUGACCCAAGUGAGAUGCUGCAAAUAUUGCAACUACAGGCUAUUGCUUCUUCCAGUGAAGUCCGUGAAGCUUUGAAGGAUGAACAUCUUCAAAAACUCAUCUCUGAUAUUGAUAGCUCCCCAGAUGGUAUGAAUGAACUUGACAAAGCUAUGGGGGUUGAUGUAUUCCGCAUUUUCAGUGACAAGAUUUUAUCUGCGAUCAACCCAUGACCACAUAUUGUUAUAGCAAGCAAAAAGAUGUUUGUACUUGAAGGCUCGUACUUUGGAAGGUCUUUUGCUGACUCUAUCGGAUGUCAGUAUAAUUAUGUCCAAGUUUUGUGUGAUUGUAGAGAAGUUAUCCUGCCGUCUUGGCCCGAGCCUGGUCAGGGGAUGAUGUUUCGUUAAGUUGAGAAUGGAGGCUGAUUAAAUGUAUUAAUUGGCUAAACUCUUCCUGGGUUUUGCAAUCACAUUUUUGUUAUGUGGUGUCAUGUGUGAGUUUAUAUCUCAAUGAAAAUGCCAGCUAUGGGCUUCCUUAAUCUCUGUUAA